AACCUUCGGAAUAAUGCAACAAAUGUUCGGAAUUAUGAAUCAUGGGAAAUUUGUGUUUCGGAAUUAUGAACCUUCAGAAAUACGAACCUUCGGAAAAACGAACCUUCGGAAAAACAAGUGCCCCCAAAUGCGGUAAACAUAAUUAUGCUGCUUCUGGCUGUCUGUUUCGUGAAGUAGCAGGGGUUUUCGGUCUACUGGGAUCACCCCAUUGUAACUUAACCGUUUCCAUUUCGCAUUCUGCAGCUUUACCCGUUGCGUAUAUUCUGAAGAGCGGCUACAUAACACCUCGAGUGAUGGCGGUCACUGGAGCUAUCAUAUCAUCGUUAGGGAUCAUCAUUUCCGGUUAUCUCACAUCUGUAAUCCCUCUCGGAUUCUGCCUCGCCCUAACAGGAUUUGGACUGUCGAUGGGGUACCUACCAGUCAAAGUCUUACUCAACGACUACUUCCAGGAUACAUUCAUACUUAUGAACGCUUUAGGCAAUCUAGGAAAACCUGCAGGUGCAUUAGUUGUUCCAGUCAUCAUCGAAGGGGCGCUAGAUGCGUAUGGGUUCAGUGGUGCCAUGCUCAUCCUUGGAGGGAUCAGCUUGCAUGCAAUUCCUGCCAGUUUAGCUCUUAGGACAGUAAAGGGUUCUCCCAAAGCCACAAGUAUUCAGAAAAGAGAAGGUUGUCAAGAACCUUUAAUCGAUCCUAAUGGUGAUAAUAAGAGUGUUCUUAUGGCUGUAGAUGAUGGUGAAAUAGUUAGCUCGGACGACCUGGCUUCAUCGUCAAAAGAAAUUAGCCAAUAUCGAGAAGAUCACAUUGAGAGAAAAUCUGCAGACGUUUUACCUUGGAGGCUACGAUUGUGGCGGUGGUUUCGGCACUGCAUUAUUGUGGAAGAACCUCUCCUGUUACUUUCACUUCCUAUUCUUUUCCUCACGUCCUUCGUUGCGCAAUCAUGGAUUUUAUUUCUUGUUCCAAGAGCAAUAUGGCACGGAAUUCCAACUUCUAAAGCCGUUUUGUUGUCAUCAAUUGGAGGUGGAGGUGGCGUCCUAGGGAGAAUUCUAUGCAUUGCGAUUCUCUUCUUCUUAAGAGUUGACUUUAUUGUCGUUUCCCUGAUCCUGAGUGUGAUAUCAUCAACUACCUUCUUAAUUGACAAUUAACAUCGUUCCCAGUCAUGUGCGUCACGGCGUUUGUCCAAGGGUUGUGCGUCUUCAGCUCAGGAAUAUCUUCUGCUGCCUUCCUCAAGGGCUCUGUGUCUAAUAAAAACUUCACUAUUGCCGCAGGGAUCUUUGGUUUGGUGACCGGCAUCGGAGGGAAUGUCGGAAGUUUGUUGUCAGGUAAGCUACAAGUAAAAAUAGAUUUUGAUAAGUUAACUUAGAUAGGAAAUACAAUAAAGGUUUGGUGUUUUUGUUGAAAUUGUAUAGACUGGAAAGUUGAUAUUUCCAAGCAUAAGAAUCUGGCCCUAGAAUAUUCUACU